GCAUCGCGCAUCGCCCAUCUGCCAUUUAGUUGUCGCACACUCUAACGCAAGGUUGAGUUGUUCAUUCCGUUUGUAGCCAAAGUCAGUUCUCCAAAAGAAACAACACCUAAAACCACGUCCACCUAACACACUCCACUCUCUCUCAGCGGUUUUGAUUCGGUUGAGAGACAGAAAGCAAAUCUUGUUUGUCCGGGCCAAGAAGAAGAAGAAGGACGUCAUCCUCGUUGAUCGGCUCUUUAAUCGUUUCCAGCGCCCAUUUUGCUUGUUUCGCCCCUUGAGGACCAACCACUUCUUCUCAGUUCCUUCCAAUUGGUUUGGCACAGCAACAGUAUCAUCACCGGCUCGAAAAUGAUGCAGAACGGUCUGGACGCUGUGCCCCAACAGAAUGGCACCAUCCACAACACCUCUUCCAACUCGUCGGCGAACUCGCACAACUCGUCGUCGCAGACCAACUCCGGCGGCAGCCAGGAGGAGUCCAAGACCAACCUGAUCGUCAACUACCUGCCUCAGACCAUGACGCAGGAGGAGAUCAGGUCGCUCUUCUCGUCCAUCGGCGAGGUCGAGAGCUGCAAACUCAUCAGGGACAAAGUCACAGAACUUUCAGAUGGAAUUCCGGGCAAAUCACCAUCAAUAUUCGAUGUUCGAACCGCGUUAACAGGCGAUUCACAGCACAUAGCUUCAGGACAGAGCCUGGGCUAUGGCUUCGUCAACUAUCACCGGCCGGAGGAUGCUGAGAAGGCCAUCAACACCCUCAACGGUCUCAGAUUACAGAACAAGACGAUAAAGGUCUCUUACGCUAGGCCCAGCAGCGAGGCCAUCAAAGGUGCCAACCUGUACGUGAGCGGCUUGCCCAAGAACAUGACCCAGCAGGAUCUAGAAAACCUCUUCAGCCCCUACGGACGCAUCAUCACCUCGCGCAUCCUGUGCGACAAUAUCACAGUCCGCCAGUUUGUCGGUGGAGCCGAAGAUAAGUUACCCUGCCUGUCAAAGGGCGUCGGAUUCAUCCGAUUCGACCAACGCGUCGAGGCCGAGCGCGCCAUCCAAGAGUUGAACGGCACCAUUCCCAAGGGCUCCACCGAGCCGAUCACUGUCAAGUUCGCCAACAACCCCAGCAACAACAACAAGGCCCUGCCACCACUGGCUGCCUACCUGACCCCUCAGGCGCGCCGCUUCGGAGGUCCCAUCCACCACCCCACCGGCCGCUUCAGCACUGGCAAGGCCGUGCUAGCCAUUAACAAAGGGUUGCAGAGAUACUCGCCGCUCGCUGGCGACCUUCUGGCCAACAGCAUGUUGCCCGGCAACGCCAUGAACGGCUCGGGCUGGUGCAUCUUCGUGUACAACCUGGCGCCCGAGACGGAGGAGAACGUGCUGUGGCAACUGUUCGGGCCGUUCGGCGCCGUCCAGAGCGUCAAAGUGAUCCGCGACCUGCAGACCAACAAGUGCAAGGGCUUCGGCUUCGUCACCAUGACCAACUACGACGAGGCGGUGGUCGCCAUCCAGUCGCUCAACGGCUACACCCUCGGCAACCGAGUGCUGCAGGUCUCCUUCAAGACCAACAAGAGCAAGACAGCAUAAGCCCCCACAUGCGAAACAAAAACAACUCCCACCCACUCACUCUUCACCCCUUCGCACAUACUCAGUCUCUCUCAGUAUAUCUACAUGCAUUGAAAAGAAAUUUAUUCUUGAACAAGGAGGACAAAACAAUAAUUUCGGAGCAGACCGACCAACCAACCAUCAACAUCAAGAAGAAGAUGAUGAUUUCGACAAGGCAGAGAAUGAAAUAUACACCUACACAUACACACCCACACACACACAUACAAUAAUAAGUAAAGCAUAUUAAUGAGAAUUCAGAUGAGUAAGAGAGAUAUUUUAGAGGAGAGCCAAAUGAGAAAUUUAUAUAUAAAUUUGAUAUACACGGACGUUUUUCUAUAGAAAAAAAUGCGCGACGAAAAAACUUAUUAACUACUGAUCUACGAGAGAAGAGAAAUAAACAUUGACGAAUGGACACUUGAUGAUAAAGUAUAUAAUGUAAGAACGUACGUACGAAGAACAAGUGUGAGAAUCUCCUCUAUGUAUAUGCUGUGUUAUGUAAGAAUGCUUUUCAACCUCAUCCAAACCUCCUCCGUCAUAUCUCCACUGUGACCACGUUGCUAGUCAAAUCAAAUGGAUGAAUCGAUAGGAAAAAAAACGGAUCAGGCGCCACUGAGUCCAUUGCCAACCCCGAAAUGAUAAAAUUUUAGAAAAAUUUCAGGCGGACAGCAGAACCGGCCCGUGGGCGGCCAUUGUCGAACGGCCGCCUCCUGGCUGGGGUAAGUGAAAGCGAAAAACACAGAGAGUACAAAUUGACAAUUAAAGAUGUAAAUAGGAGACAAGGCCUAUAUUACCUUCUAGUGACUUCCAAAAUUUUGUAAAAGCUCAAAAAGUUGACGACGAAGAUUAGAAGAAGAAGAAGACGCGCGCCGCUCGUUAGAGAGAGAACAAAUUUUGUGUACAUAACUCUGUAUUAGAAAAAGCGUUUUCUGUUCAAAUAACGAGUGAUAGCCAUCAAUGUUGGUUUUCCGCGGCCGCCUCUCUUUCAAGAAGGAUUUGCGUACUUAAACGAAAAAACAAAACUGUUGGUCUCUCUAUCUCUCUAUAUCUCUCUCGAAUAAGUGAAAAUCGGCCGGAGCAAUGGAUUUGGCCCCCGCCUGUUUUGUUUCUUGUUGUACGAGUAUUUUUAUUAUUUGCACUAUGACGAGUGGAUUAAGCUACCAUUUUGCGAUGCGUAUAGCUGACUAAUUAAUUACUUAAAAAUCGGACGCGUGAUGAUCACGCCUCCGAAGGAAAUCACUAGUCGUCGACUAGCAGGGGCUUUCGCUAGUCUGCUGAGGCUAGUCAACCUUUCAAAGUAUCUCCCAGGCGAAAUGAACCCAAUUUAUUGAGUGUUUCCGCCCGCGGCAAUUGUUGAGUUUGGUUGAAAGUAAUUGCGAUGGUAUGAGGCAAUUAUUGUACUAGAUUGAAAACCAUAAAACUCUUCAUCUCAAACAAGACUCUAAAGUGGUGCCGCCACGUGUCGGACCACUAGAUUUAUGUGCAAAAUAUCUCACAAGGCGCCGGUUGCCUGCGCUGAUCAAAUAGGUGGAUAUGUAUUUAAUUUUUCAGUCUCACCUCUCAUUUUAGUUUUUUGUUUGGUUUUUACCUUGAGUUGGUACGAGUAGUAGAUAAAUAUAUUUUGAUUUUCAGCACUCCCCGGAGAAAAUUAUUUUGUAUACUGACAUGAAGCGUAGUAGAAAGUUGUUUCGUUUUUUGUGCCGCAACGAGUGCAAAAUUUCUAUUUGUGCAUCACAGAGAUAUAUAUAUCCAUUCAUUUAUAUAUACUUUAGGAGUAUUUUCUUACUUUUGGCACCGUAAAUAUAAACGAUGAUUGAUUUGCUAUAUUAUUAAGUUGAUACCAAGGUGAUACACCUUUUUAGUUCUGUAAGUAAAAAGAGUCAGAUUUUUAGUUUUAAUUAAGCAAAACCAAAGAAAAGUUCUGGUUUGAGUUUAUUUUGUCGACGCGGCCGCUAUGGUUAUUAUUACAGAAGAAAAAAAAUUUAAAAAAUUUACCUAAAUUUGGCACUCUCACACAAUCAGUAAUAGUAACAAUAGUUAUGAUAAUGAAUGGUUUCAUUAAAAGGCUGCGUCUCAUCUCACGUUUUAUAUUAAAUAUUAACACAUUGAUCAAUAUUUACCGCACGUCGAGUUAAUUAACUCAUUAAAAGAGCAAAGAUAUUUAUUCUCUUACCAUUAUUAUGAUUUUGAUUGAUUAUAAUUUCACUUUUCUUUUCAUUCAUUUGUCUUUUAGUUCGUAAGUUAAGCGUAUGAUUAAAAGUAUGAUAUUUAUAUACUUAAUAUUUGUCUUUUCAUUUCAUUUUCAUUCUCGUUUGGUUGUUGAUUUUCCUUAUUAUUAUUAUUAUUAUUAUUAUGAUUUCUUACUGCAUCUCCACCUGCGCAUGAGAACCGCAUUUCUCAUAAUUAAAAAUAUAAAAACGAACACGUACGCUGAAGCGAGCCCCUUUGGUCUGCUGUGCACAAGUGUAAGUGAGUGGGCCACGUUGACGACUGGCACAUCAACUAACACACACACACAUCCAACUAAAAUCCACAACACAACACACAUUUCAUAACUUGAAAAUGAUGAUCAAAAAAUCAGGUGAACGCUAUCAAAAAUAUAAAAAAAUGCUGCCCGUAUAAAGACAUGUAAAAAGAAAAUCCAAAGACAGCACACUUCCAUGAAGCAAAAGAGAAAUAAGUGAAGAGUGAAAAUAAUAAAUUUAUUUUUGUAAGGACACUUAUCAAAAGUAAAGAUAAUAUUGCUACUAAUGAAAAAUACUCUUUAAUAACUCUAAAAAGUAUAAAAACGAACAAGUACAGACGUGAAAGAAAACGCAUUCCAGUAGAAGUGGGCGAUUUUUUACUCUCUCUUUCUCAAAAAGCUGAACAAUACAAGAAGAGUUGAUCAAAAAACUUUUGAGCACCUUGUUCAUUGCUAGCAGCCGACAACCGAUUGAUUAUAUUAGUUGACUAAUUGAUUCCGCUCACGAAUUCAGACAGUUCUCGUGAGUGCAGUUAAUUUUUCAGCCGAUGUUUGGUUUCAUUAAAAAAAAAAACUCGACGGGUCACGGGGAACUUGCCUAAAACGAAGAAUUAACUCGCUUCUGCGCUGGGCCGUUUGCGAAAAAAUAUUAUAUAUAUCAUCAUAAAAUAUAAUAGAGAAGUAAAAGAGAUAAACUUUGUACCUCCCACGUCCAGAAAACCAAAAUGCUUUCGAAAAUAAUAACAAUAAUCUCACACAAAAAAACAUCCAUUCACACUCGAGACGGUGCAAUAUAUAUAAAUAAAAAUAUAUAUUUUCGGUCGAGCCUUUUCAAACUGGCUUCCGCUUUUCUCAGCACUGGAAAUUUUUCAAAUCACAUACAAAACAUUUCAAAUCGAUAUAUUUGUAAAUCUGUCCCCCCAUCAACCCUUUCCGCGAUUGUGUAAAAAAAGCGGCGCUGAAAGCAACGAAAGACGUUAUGGAUUUUUGCAGUCCCCUUUCUGUGUCCCGCGCGACAUCUCUCUUGAAACAAAACUUUUGCAUGUUAUUGUACGUGUAGUGCAACUUGAACCGCACAGACAACCAUCAAAACCACCGCGAGCCACCAAACAAUGAUAAAACUUUUGCUUUCUCAGAGAAAAGAAUUAUUAUAAAAAAAAAACAUAGGCGAGAAUUUCAUUCGCGUCUAUAAACGAAUCUAAAAAGAAGAAAAGCUGACCAUAUUUUUGACAAUGUUGCAAUAAAGGCGGAAAUAUAAUUAACGUAAAAAUUCGGGGCUGCGGCUAGUUAAUUAAUUGUAACCAAAAAUGAAAAUCAAACUGACACACGGAGAAUGCGCGCAGACUGGACCGGUUGAUCUAAUAUACUGUUUUUAAUCUUCAGCGCGCACCGGAAUAUCAGAAGAGACGAUGAGAGAAUGGAUUUGAGCAUACAACGAAGUUUUUCGAAAUAUAAAAGUCGCAUCUCGUGAAGAAAUUUGUAAAGAAACUCACGGCUUGUGAAGUUGUGAAAAAUAUGGUCCUUGUAAAGGAUGCUUUUUGACGUGAACGCAUAUUUGUGAAAAAAAAAAAAUAAGUCUUCAUAAAUUUGUAAAUAUGUGGAGAAGUGGUCUAGAAAAAAAAAACACUGACGGAAUCUCUAAAAAGGGCAGUGGAUAAUCUUAUUAUGGGGAAUGAAGUUGAGAUGGAGAGGUAUAGGGAGGGCCAAAACGCAGAAAAAAUAAAACACCCACACCACUCACAUAAAUAUAUACACUCGAUCAUAACGUAUAUAAAAAUAAGAUAUAUUUUUCGGUUCUGUGUACCAGAGUAUCAUCUUUUACGCGUGAACUGCAGCUCUCUAUACAUGCAAAAUGGGAAAAAUUAAAAUGCAUUUAUCUCGAUAAUGUGAUUAAUGCCUGUUCUAUAUAUAUAGAAGCAUUGAGAAAAUCUAUAUAUUUAAAAGAAAAAUAAAAAAUUAACUUUUGCCAAAAAAAAAAUUCAAUAACGCGCUGAUCAAACUAAAUACAAAGAAAAAUUGCGACCGAAUGAGUGGGACACGAGUUGUAUCAUAAAAAAACAAAUAAUAAUUAUUAUGGUUGUUUAAGCCGCUUUUUACCGUUCGUAUUCAUAUGUAUAGCUUAACAAAAACAGAAAUGCCACACCGCGAAAGACAGCAAUUUUAAAAUAUAUACCGAUGAGACGAAUAUGAUUUGAUGAAAAAAAGUGAGAGAGAAGAAACCCGAACAAAUCACACUCGCCCAUCGCGAAAAUUAUUGUCGAAUAUAUAUAUUAUCUCAUCAUUUGUAGACCUAUACACACACUCACUUUAUAUACCUCUCUUUACAUAUAAUUAUUACGUACUAUUAUAAUAGACGUGAGCUGAAUUUGAUUGAUCAGGGCAAGUCAACGCGAACUAUAUGACGAGGCGUGUGUUGUUGUUGUUUGAAGAAAUCGAUCCCCUUUUGAGAAAGAAAUAUCCGGCCUUGAGCGCGUAUAGUGAAAAAUAAUAAAUUAUUUUUACAUUCUAAGAGCUGCAGUUUGUGAGGUGAAAAAACGAGUGUAAAUUCCUAGAAAGCCGAAGACCUGCCUGAAACUUAUGCAAACCCGCAGACGCCCCGGCGCAUGAGAAUAAUUAUGUAAUUCAUUCUUAAAAUCUACCCUCGGGCCCGCCGGUUUUUUUUUUAAAUAAUUUAAAGAUCUUGCGCGAGAAUCAUUUUGAAAGGAUGUUGAAGGAGAGUGCGAUUUGUUAAGACCUGAAAAAGACAGAGGAAAACCUAAAAAAAUCAUACACACACUUUCUUCUUAUACACAAACACAUACACACACGCCCCUGAGUCAUCUAAACAUUAUUAUAUAUCAUAAGCAUAUUAACGAAAAACGAACAAAGAUGACGUGCUAUAGAAUGAAAAAAAAAUUGAAUUACAUCACGCAUACAAAAACGCUGCAAUAAUAUAUCUAAUUAUUUGAUAAAUUAUAUUAUAAAAUUAUUGUAUUGAUUAUUCAACGUUCUACGGUAGCACUUAGAUUUUGGUGUUGUUAUAUGAUUCUCUCUCUCUAUCUCUCAUCGCAAAACUUGCUACGACGAAAUAAAUUAGUCUCAAUCGAAAGGGAUUGAAUUUAAUGAAAAAUGAUGCGCUGCCCCCGGAUCGCCCCGGAAAACUGUUGCCCUUUCCGCUUCCGCUUCCCUGCUCGACCGGUUGAUUAGCGGCAUAUAAAUUUAAUUUAACCAGGCCAUUCUGGUGUUUAUAUAUACUUAAAAGAAGAAGAUGCGGAGUUGCAUUUAAAUUUUAUAUCUUAUACGGAAAUGCUUGGGAAGGGCGCGGGAAAACUCGACACUUUCAUAUACACUGCAUAUCACACAUAUCGUGCGGUUAAUUUCUGAAUAAGAGAGGCGGAUAUGAUGAUCUAAUCGCGAGCCAAGAAGAUGAACUAGUGAGGUUGGAAGUAAAAGUCCAGAUAUUAAAAUUAAAAAUAAUUAUGUAGCAAGAAUAUUUAUUGUCGAAUUUUCUGCGCCGUUUCCGCGAGUUUCGUCCCCAGACAGAUCGGAAUUGAAAAAAAAUAACAAUAAAAGAGGGUGUUUUGAGAAGAAGUUUUUGGAUUAAUUAACGGAUAAGUAAUUAUCUCUCUCUAAUUGAAAUCUCCAUCGCACGAAGCAUUUUUUGCAGUUAUAUUAUAAAUUAUUAUCGCUACGAUAAGUACUUACUUACUUACUCAACCACAAGUAUAUUAAACCACGAGAUUCAUUAAUGUUCUUAUUGAUGUCUUAAUUAUUAUGCUGAAUUGUUGUGUCUCAUAUAAUUAUAAUUAUAUACGAGAGAAAUACGCGCAAACACAUUAUACUCAGAACGAAUACCAACAAGCAGUGAGCCAAAGACAAACACACAAAUACUCUUUGAUUGAUUAAUUAAUUUUAACGUCAUAACCGAGCAGAAUUUUACUCGAGAAAAGGAACAUGUGUUAUUGAGAAGAUCAUUAAAAACCAUUAAAUUCCAUGAUGGGUUGUGCAUUAGCUAUUAUUAAACUUAUUAAAUACCACGUGACUGCAUUUGAGCACAAAAAUUAACUGAGGAGAGGAUCUGAAAUUUUCAUCAAUACGCACUACAAAUAUUUUUGGUGCGGAAUUUAUUGAUUAAUUAAUUUCUCCUCGAAUUUUUGUGUCUGGCUACGUAGUGGCCGUUCAGUUAUUUACAUUAUAUAUGCAUUUGUAACCAAUUAAGCGCAACACGAGACCGCAUUUAUUAAGUGGGUAGAUAUUAUAAAUAAUUAAAUUAUUAUAUACCUUACAUACCUAUUAGCAACAGUGAAAAAAGAGAAGAAGUUGCACGCAAUGUUUACUCCCUUGCUCUCCACGCGUACAAUUAAUUAUUUCACGUCUCUCUUAAUUAUAAUUCUUAAUUAAUCUACGUGUCUCUCUAACUCUCUCUCACACCUUUAAAUUUAACCCUUACUAAGGUGGUCACAUGUAUGAUUAUAUAAUUAAAUUAAUUAUCUGAGUGUUUUUGCUGCUUUUGCUCUAGAAUUAUUACAAAAGAAAAAAUAACCAAUGCUCGGGUUUAAUUAAUUAAUUGACCCUUUCUUAAUCAUAUUAAGCACUCACUCAUGUAUUAUUGCGUAGAUUAAAUUCAAUGAUUGCAGUUUUCCAGAUUAGUUAUAAUAAUUCGUGUCAUUGCUGUGUUUUUCUGUCUUUUUCUUAAAUAUAUAUUGCUGUGAGACGACCUUUAGUACUUAUAGUAGGAUAUAUAAUGGGUUGGACUUUGGUUGUUGCAUGUUAAAUUUUGAACUCGAUUCUGAAGACACACGUAAUUAUAUUAACACACGAAAUUUUGUGUUCAUCGAUUCCAAAGAAUAUCUGUGAAAACAAAACGAUCUCGGAUGAAAGCUAGAAUGGCCAAAUUCUAUCCCAUUUAUUGUUUCGGGUCGACGUACACACGAAACGGCCGGAAGCCUCUCUUGUUUUUCAUCAUUAUAUUGAAAAAAAAAAUAAACGCUGCAAUGAUGAUGAAAAAGCUACACUUAUUCAUGCAUUAAGUAUUAAAAUAGCAAAGGAAAAACAAAAGUACUUUAAUAUCUCGCUAUACUUUUUUGUCUUUGACUGUUAAGUGUGUAUGCUAGUCGAGUUUAGAAUUUGUUUUAGGAUCUCUCAGAUAAAAUUACGAAAAAAAAAUGAUAAACACUGGAAAGGAAU